AUGUCUAUGUGUGUCUCACACACUUCUUGUAUCUCACCCUCUUCUCCCUCCUCCUCCUCCUCCUUUCCCCUACUCCAGCUCCACUCGGACGUCGACUCGGGCGUCGGCAACAUCAAGUACAUCCUGUCCGGCGAAGGCGCCGGAACGAUCUUCGUCAUCGACGACAAGACGGGCAACAUCCACGCCACCAAGACCCUGGACCGCGAGGAGCAGGCCCAGUACACGCUGACGGCCCAGGCCGUGAACCGGGACACCAAUAAGCCCCUGGAGCCUCCGUCGGAGUUCAUCGUGAAGGUCCAGGACAUCAACGACAACCCUCCCGAGUUCCUCCACGGGCCGUACUACGCCAGGGUGCCCGAGAUGUCCAAUGUCGGUACGUCGGUGAUGCAGGUGACGGCGUCGGAUGCUGACGACCCCACCUACGGCAACAGCGCCAGGCUGGUGUACAGCAUCCUGCAAGGACAGCCGUACUUCUCCGUGGAGUCUCAGACGGGCAUAAUUCGGACCGCCUUGCCCAACAUGGACCGCGAGGCCCGCCAGGAGUACGACGUCCUCAUCCAGGCCAAAGACAUGGGCGGUCACAUGGGGGGGCUGUCGGGGACCACCCAGGUGAAAAUCACCCUCACGGACGUCAACGACAACCCGCCGAAGUUCCCACAGAGUGUGUAUUCCAUGUCCGUGUCCGAGGACAAAGUGCCCGGCGAGGAGGUGGGCCGCCUCAAGGCCAAGGACCCCGACCUGGGAGACAACGGCAUGGUGAACUACCGCCUGGUGGACGGAGACGGGCUGGGCCUGUUCGAGCUGAGCACCGACUCGGAGACCAGGGAGGCCGUCAUCAAACUGAAGAAGCAUGUGGACUUUGAGACUAAAAGGUCGUACACGUUGAGGGUGGAGGGAUCCAACCCUUACAUCGACCCCCAGUACAUCGCUUGGGGGCCUUAUAAGGACGAAGCCACGAUAAAGAUAUCGGUGGAGGAUGCAGACGAACCUCCUGCGUUCGUGGCUCCCAGUUACACUUUUGAGGUGGCGGAGAACGCGCCCGAGGGCGCCCAGGUGGGACGGGUCCACGCCAAGGACACCGAUGUGGCCAACAACCCCGUCAGGUACAUGAUCCCCUUGUACACGGACAUCGAGCAGUUCUUCAGCGUCAACCCCGACGACGGCAUGAUCACCACGACGAGGCCGCUGGACCGAGAAGCCCAGGCCUGGCACAACAUCUCCGUGUCGGCCACGGAGAUAGGAGGUCACCACCAAGACACCAAAGUGCGCGUCAACAUCAAAGUGAAAGACGUGAAUGACAACUCCCCAGAGUUCGCCACCAACAACGAGGUCCUCAUGUGUGAAACCGUCGCACUGGGGAAGGUUAUUGAGACGGUGAGCGCGGUGGACAAGGACGAGAUGGCUCACCGGCAGCACUUCACGUUCAGCCUCGCCCCCGAAGUCACCCACAACCACAACUUCUCCCUCAAAGACAACAGAGACAGCACGGCCAGCAUCUACGUGCUGCGUAAGGGCUUCAGCCGCCUGACCCAGGACGUGUACUACCUUCCCAUCGAGAUAAACGACAACGGCUUCCCGGCGCUGAGCAGCACCAACACGCUGACCAUCCGAGUGUGCUCCUGCGACAGCAGAGACACCAUCCUCUCCUGCAACGUGGAGCCCUACGUCCUGCCCGCGGGCCUCAGCCCCGGGGCGCUGAUAGCCAUCCUGGCCUGCAUCGUCAUCCUGCUGGGGAUCGUGGUGUUGUUCGUUGCUCUGAGGCGUCAGAAGAAGGAGCCCCUGAUCGUGUUCGAGGAGGAGGACAUCAGGGAGAACAUCAUCACGUACGACGACGAGGGCGGCGGCGAGGAGGACACGGAGGCCUUCGACAUCGCCACACUUCAGAACCCGGACGGCGCCAACGGCUUCCUGCCGAGAAAGGACAUCAAGCCAGAGCUCCAGUUUCCCAUCAGGCCCGGCGGCGCCGGCCACAACGGCGCCAACAGCGUCGACGUCGACGACUUCAUCAAGACCCGGAUCGCGGAGGCCGACGGCGACCCGACGGCGCCCCCGUACGACUCCAUUCAGAUCUACGGCUACGAGGGCCGGGGAUCGUUGGCCGGGUCGCUGAGCUCCCUCGAGUCCGUCACCACGGAGUCCGACCUGGAUUAUGACUAUCUGCAGAGCUGGGGGCCCAGGUUUAAGAAGCUGGCGGAUUUGUACGGGACCAAAGACUGCUUCAUGGACGAUGAUGGCGAUGACGGCGAAGACUCUUAA